CGCGCCCGUGCAGUGAGAGACCGUGUAGGGAACACAAGAACGCUUUUUCAUUCGCUAAACAUCCGUUCUACUUGACUCGGGCCGACAAGCCAGUGCUCUUUUUUAUUCAAGCAUGGCACAAAUGGGCGUGUUCAGCCCGAGCUUGAAGGAAAGUGUCAAGUCACCUCCCGGUCGAAGCAGCAAGUCGCCUCCGGGUCGAGCCGCGAAGUCUCCCACGGAGCCCGGCGGCCAAGCCGCGGCCCCCGGCGGCGCCGAGACGCAGCCGGCUGUGCCGUUCAGGGCUCGGCGCCUCGCCGGCGCCGUGCGCUUCGUGGGCCGAGCGCUGCUGCACAACCGGGGAAACCAGAUGACGCGCGCGAAGCUGAUCUCCAUCCUCACCAUUCCCGUGGUGCUGCUGCCGCUUCCGCUCUACUACCGCAACAAGCCCAGCUGGUGCGGGUACUGCAUGCUACUCAUGGCCGUGUAUUGGGCCACCGAAGUGUUGCCGCUUGCUGUGACGGCUCUGCUGCCCAUGGUGCUGUUCCCGCUCACCGGGCUCCUCACUGUGGAAGCUACCACCAAGAACUAUUUCAACAACAUCGGCGUGGUCAUCUUCUGCUCCAUGGUGUUCACGGCGGCUUUGGAAGUGACGCAUCUCGAUAGACGAAUUGCACUCAACGCCCUCAGGAUGACCGGCACCAGCUAUAGCAGGAUAUUGCUGGGCUUAAUGGGCGUCACCAUGUUCCUGUCCAUGUGGAUUCCGAACACGGCGGCCACCUCCAUUGUGAGCCCCAUCGUCCUGACCGUCGUCGACUUGAUGAAGAGCACGUCGAUAGCGACGCGGAAAACUCGAAGCAGGACCCUAAACGUUCAACAGUACAGCGCGAUCUCUGAGGACACGCUGAUGCGAGUUCGCAACCUGAUGCUGCUGGCAGUCGCGUACGCUUCCAACAUCGGUGGCACGGGCAGUCUGAUUGGCACGCCUCCAAACAUUAUAAUGGCUGGAUUCGUGGAAAGCCGCUUUCCCACAGCCAACGAACCCUCGUUUGUGUCUUGGAUGUUCUACAACGUUCCCAUUAUGCUGGUCCUGCUGCUCUUCUCGUGGAUGUACAUGCGGAGGCUGCUAUACGACGCAAUGGACGAAGGGACGCGGACAUCCAACCCAGACGCGGAGGAGGCAGUCAUGAGGGAAGUGGCCAAGCGCUGCGACGAACUCGGCCACAUCACAUUUUCCGAGUCGGUGGUCACGUUUCUUUUGACGUUGAUGAUCCUGCUCUCCUUCACUCAGAAGCCGCACUUCAUCCCCGGCUGGAGCGACGCCUUUGCCCACCACAAGAUGAUCAAGUCGUCGGUGCCCAUGGUGGUGGUGAUGACCCUGCUGUUCGUGAUCCCCCGGGAGAGCAACGUGCUGGGACAGGGCGAGCAGGGCAUCAUCAACUGGGAUGAGGUGUCCAACCACGUGAACUGGGGCACAAUCUUGCUCAUCUGCGGCGGCAUGACCAUCGCUGACGCUUCCACGGCGUCUGGCCUAUCGGAUCUCAUGGUGGUAGGCUUGGAGCUCCUGGACCCCGUGCCGGACUGGAUGAUGGUGGUGCUGCUGUGCCUCCUCGCCUCGGUGCUGACCGAAUUCACGAGCAACUCGGCCAUCUGCAAACUCAUGCUACCCGUGGUGCUGGAGAACGCCACGCACCGGAGCAUCCACCCGCUCUACUUCAGCAUUCCCACGACCAUCGGGUGUUCGUUCGCGUUCCUGCUGCCAGCUGCGACGCCACCCAAUGCCAUCGUCUAUCACAUGGGCCGCAUGACUCCUGGCGACAUGGCUGGACCGGGAUUAAUCAUUAAAAUUAUCUGCGUCACAACAGAGAUCAUCGCCGUCAACACGUGGGGAUCCUACGUGUUCAACGUCAACCAUUAUCCCCAGUGGGCAAGGACCAAGCCAUACUGAUUCCACGCCACUCCAAUGAAACCGUCAGCAUAUAAACGAUAACGACUUACAUAUGUUCGCCUUGCGUAUUUAACUUGAACUGUAGAACAUAGGUGACGCCACACAUGAAUUAUUUAAGCAAUUUUAAGAUUCUAAGGCGUAUUAACAAAUUAAGUAGUGAGGUCGUACGAUUAUCUAACAAUUAUGAUUGAUUCGCGCAUUUCAGGCGUUACGUACGUGUUCUGUAUGUUUUACCUUUUUCGUUGCGUCGUUGUACUGAGCUUGAAACGUUCGAAAUGAUUGUAACACAGCUCGCUGUCGAUCUGCAGUCAAACCUUUUUGGCAUCGCCAUGGUUGUCAUCUCUGAUGAACUAAUCUUGACGCAGACUAACAUAGAUCCAUAAUCUUUUCUACAUUUUACGUCAGAUUGGCACCUUGGGUCGCUACGCUAGAAUAAAGUCUUUGUGUCCGGCCAGGUCGCCGGCGCUUUGUCCCGGUGUAAUGUACGCGACAGAUGGCACAUGUCACUAAACUGACCGCAGGCAGGCCUUGAUCAAAUUGUUUUCGAAUUUCCCGCCUUUGAUUUCGAGAAAGAAAUAUUCCAGCCACAUUUGAGUAACAAACAAAGCCGGAAUGUGAAAAU